GGGGCUGCGGUAGCGGCGGGGCGGCGGCGGCGGCGGCGGCACCAUGUCGGAGGCGGCGGUGGCUGACACCCGGCGCCUCAACGCCAAGCCGCAGGACCUGACGGACGCGUACGGGCCGCCCAGCAACUUCCUCGAGAUCGACAUCUUCAACCCGCAGACCGUGGGCAUGGGCCGCGCCAGAUACACCAGCUACGAGCUCCGCAUGCGGACAAACCUCCCCAUCUUCAAAUUGAAGGAGUCAUGUGUGAGGAGAAGAUACAGUGACUUUGAAUGGCUGAAGAAUGAGCUGGAGCGAGACAGUAAGAUUGUAGUACCACCACUGCCUGGAAAAGCUUUGAAACGACAGCUUCCAUUCCGAGGGGACGAAGGCAUCUUUGAGGAGUCCUUCAUUGAGGAGCGGAGACAGGGACUAGAACAAUUUAUUAACAAAAUUGCUGGACACCCACUGGCACAGAAUGAGCGCUGCUUACAUAUGUUCCUGCAGGAGGAGACUAUUGAUAGGAAUUACGUCCCAGGAAAAGUGCGCCAGUAGGAGCACCUGGCACUGUCUUCCUCCAUUCCACCUUCCCUCCUGCAAAAAUGACAUUUAUUUUUACACUAAAUCUGUCUCUUCUGAACCAGCUUUUCCUCUCUUGAACCUCCCAGUUUGUUCAGUAUUUUCCUCUUUUGUAACUGGCAGCAGUCUGUUCUACUGGGCUGUGGUCUUGGCCUAAAGGUAUGAAGAUUUAUGCAAGUGAAUGUGUUGUCCUGCACCUAGCGUCAGGUGUGAAUAAGUGUGGAGCAGGAGCUUGCUUAUGGCAUUACGAUGUAUGAGCUGCCUCUCUCCCUGUACAGAAAGGUGUGAGAUGACCUUCACUCCCCUGUCCAUGCAGCCCCAAGCAUCUCUGCAGGAGACUCUGAAGAAUAGCAAUUGUCAUGUUGGUCAGAGGUUGCAUCAAGUAUUAGCGUUUUAGUAAGGCUUAUCCAAAACAGCGAGUAGGUACCUGGGUGUGUUGGUCCCUCGUCCACCCCAUUCACCCUGCAUGAACCCCCUGUUCUUCACUGUUUGGAAGUGCUGAGGUCCAAGACUUUCUCUAGCCCUGCUCUCAGCCUCCUGCAUUACAGGCCUCUUUGGUGUAUCAGUGUUAAUCCCCCUCCUUUCUAAUGUGCUGCUGGCAGCUUGGGGGGUUUCCACAACAUGUGCUCUCCUGAUGCUCUGCCUGAGCAGUUUGGUGUAUGGACGCUGGGAUAGCCUGGGCUAUGGCAGCGUGUGCUGUGAUGCCUUGCCUGGGGUUUAAAAAUGCCAAUGUGUGGUGGCACUUCCAGCAGCACCCUGUUCAGCUGAGCUUUGGUGACCUUCUCCUGCACCCCAGCUGCUGAGGGAGGGAGACUGGUCUGACUGAGGAAGAACAGAGGAAGGCUAGUGGGGCACUGUGGUAGUGUGCAGCGGGGAUGACAGCUGCUGGCAGAGGAGCCUAGCACUCAGAGCUAGGGUGAGACUGAGACCACCUCUCCAGAAAGGGAUGGCAGAAAGUGCUAGGUCAGUGUUGGAUUAGAUGCUUGCUUGUGUAACAGGAUAAGGACUGAUCAUCCUUUCUUUUCCCCUGUCCUGUGAUGAGCUAGGCAGUUACUUAUGUUGAAGGGAAGACACAAGACUAGUCAAGGAGCUGUUUGGAGCGUGAGAGGGACCACUGGGCUGUGACCUGCUGCACUACAACUGCCCUUUGGAGACUCCUCCAGCUUUCGCAACUGCAAAAAGUGAGGUUCAGCCUCUGCUCUGGGAUUCAUUAGGUCGAUGUUAGCAGCUGACUGGUUUGUAAACACUUGAUCGUUUUGGGGCAGCACAGUUGAGCCUGUCCUGGAGUGUAGGUCUACAGGGACUGACCUGCUCCUACCAAGCAUGUCCCCUCGGGCCUUGGCAACGUCUCGUGGGUUUUCUGGCAAGGAACUGGUGCCCGUGGGUGAGAGGUGGGCCUGAGAAGGCUAUGUCGCUAAAACCGGGAGAGAACUGCUCCGGGGGCUGGCUCGGCCUGGGGACAGCUGCCAGGGUGGCGUGGGGGGCCAGGCUGCCGGACACUUGCAAGGGGCUUGGCCGGGCGAGCUCCUGCCGCGGGCCCCUCAUCCUGUGUAUCCCGCUGCGGGGCUGUAAUCCACCAAGCUGUCUACACCCUGUCCAGUGUAACGUCCCAGUUCCGUUCGCAUUAAACCACUGUGAAGCCA